GUUUGCAUCCGUCCUGCUGCGUGUUUCUUGACUUCACUGCAAAGUCUCCUGUGUUGCUACUCUGUUGAGAUAAAACAGUCAUGUCUCUGGAGGUGGAAUCCGCAGACGUGAUUCGUCUGAUCAUGCAGUACUUGAAGGAAAACAAUCUGCACCGAACUCUGGCCACCCUGCAGGAGGAGACCACGGUAUCUCUGAACACUGUGGACAGUAUAGAGAGCUUUGUAGCAGACAUCAACAGCGGCCACUGGGAUACUGUCCUACAAGCCAUCCAGUCCCUCAAGCUGCCAGAUAAGACCCUCAUAGACCUCUACGAACAGGUGGUGCUAGAGCUGAUCGAGUUGAGAGAGUUGGGUGCAGCACGUUCACUCCUCAGGCAAACUGACCCCAUGAUCAUGCUGAAACAGACCCAACCUGAGAGAUACAUCCACCUGGAGAAUCUGCUGGCUCGAUCCUACUUUGACCCCAGAGAGGCAUAUCCGGACGGCAGUAGUAAAGAGAAGCGGCGGGCAGCUAUCGCCCAGGCCCUGGCAGGGGAGGUCAGCGUGGUGCCUCCCUCUCGUCUCUUGGCUCUCCUGGGACAGUCUCUAAAAUGGCAGCAGCAUCAGGGUCUCCUGCCUCCUGGUAUGACCAUCGAUUUGUUCAGAGGUAAAGCUGCUGUAAAAGAUGUAGAGGAGGAGCGAUUCCCAACUCAGCUCAGCAGACACAUCAAGUUUGGACAAAAAUCCCACGUGGAGUGUUCCCGAUUUUCUCCUGAUGGUCAGUAUCUGGUCACUGGCUCUGUAGAUGGCUUCAUUGAGGUCUGGAACUUCACAACCGGCAAAAUCAGAAAGGAUCUGAAGUACCAGGCUCAGGAUAACUUCAUGAUGAUGGACGACGCUGUGUUGUGUAUGUGCUUCAGUCGAGACACAGAGAUGUUGGCGACUGGAGCUCAGGAUGGAAAGAUCAAGGUGUGGAAGAUCCAGAGUGGUCAGUGUCUGAGGAGGUUUGAACGCGCCCACAGUAAAGGAGUAACAUGCCUCAGUUUCUGUAAAGACAGCAGUCAGCUCCUCAGUGCCUCCUUUGACCAAACAAUCAGAAUCCAUGGAUUGAAAUCUGGUAAAACACUUAAAGAGUUUCGUGGUCACUCCUCAUUUGUGAACGAAGCCACUUUCACUCCAGAUGGCCACCACAUCAUCAGUGCUUCUUCAGACGGGACAGUCAAGGUGUGGAACGUGAAAACCACUGAGUGCAGCAGCACCUUCAAGCCUCUGGGCACGUCAGCUGGCACAGACAUCACCGUGAACAACGUCAUCCUGCUGCCAAAGAACCCAGAGCACUUUGUCGUGUGUAACCGCUCCAACACAGUGGUCAUCAUGAACAUGCAGGGGCAGAUCGUGAGGAGUUUCAGCUCUGGUAAGAGGGAAGGUGGUGACUUUGUGUGCUGCACUCUUUCGCCUCGUGGUGAGUGGAUCUACUGUGUGGGAGAAGACUUUGUGCUUUACUGCUUCAGCACAGUCACCGGCAAGCUGGAGAGAACGCUGACGGUCCAUGAGAAGGAUGUGAUCGGCAUCGCUCACCACCCACAUCAGAACCUGAUCAGCACCUACAGCGAGGAUGGUCUGCUAAAGCUCUGGAAGCCUUGACGCGUCAUUUCUGAGAGUGAAAUAAGACGUUUCACAUGUAUUCUCUCCUCACUCUGGAUGAUCCUCGGGCUAUGUUGUUGGUUUUUGUUGUUUUUUAAACAAAGAAAGAAUGGCUGUUUUCAACUCACUGUUGAAACAGGAUUUUGGUAUGUAGGUCUGAGUUAUAACACCACGAGUUCACCUGUAGAUUUCAGUUAAAAUGUGAUAUUUGCAUUUUACAGCCACAGCUGAAUAAAGACAAACUAAUGGUGGUGUAGUGUUGAACCUUAUUUUACUGAACCUUAUUCAUCAGAGGUUAUUUAAUGUGUACUUUAUAAAGCCGCACCAUUGGCUCUUUUUAAAUGCUGUUAAUACAUUUCUAAGUAAGAGCCAUGUUGUAAAAACUACAACCACCAAAUUCUGUACAGCUGUUACAUUUACUAGUGAGGUGCUUUCAAGUUAGUCCAAAAUUUACAAAAAUAUCCUCAAUUUGUCUACGAUGGUGUUUUAUUUCCAUGUAAAUAAGGUUCAGUUGUUCAACACCAGACCUCAGCAGAUGUAUAUCUCACCAUGAUGACCUUUAGUUAAAGGAUGAACAGAGCUUUUGGAUUUUAGAGUGAGUAGACAUAGACUCAGUUUUUUUUGAAAAUUCCUCUUUUGUAAAUAUAUUUUUUAUUUGAGUUUGUUUUUUCAAGAAGACCUGGUUAAAUAGUAAACUGUGACUUUCUGUUUUUUUUUUUUUUUUUCCAUGAAAAAUACUGCAUUGACAUCACCCCCUAAAUCUUCAUAUAUUCAGUUAAUUCAAGCUCUUUAACAGAGUAAUACAGGCCGAUACAUUACAAAGCCGUUAUCUAGAAAUUUCCCUUAUUUUGAAAACAUGAAUUUCUGGAUGCAAAAAUGUCCCAUGUACUAUGUCUGGUCUUUGACAUUAAAGCUGUUUAACCAGA